CCCUCGCGCACGCGCGCUCGGAGGGGGGCGACGGUCGCGGUGACGUGCUGCGGUGGUGGCGGCGGGUGGACCGCUGCGCGUGAAGCGCGUGAUAUCCCGUGUCUUGGGAGCAGUGUCCCGGCCCCAAGCCACUCCCCGCCGCCGCCAUGUCGGGCCGUUCGGUCCGGGCCGAGACCCGUAGCCGGGCCAAAGAUGACAUCAAGAAGGUGAUGGCGGCCAUCGAGAAAGUGCGGAAAUGGGAGAAGAAAUGGGUGACUGUAGGUGACACAUCCCUGAGGAUAUUCAAAUGGGUGCCUGUGACAGAUAGCAAGGAGAAAGAAAAGUCAAAAUCGAACAGUUCAGCAACCCGGGAAACCAAUGGCUUUCCCUCUGAUGCCUCAGCCAAUUCCUCUCUCCUUCUUGAAUUCCAGGAUGAGAACAGCAACCAGAGUUCCGUGUCGGAUGUCUACCAACUCAAGGUGGACAGCAGCACCAACUCAAGCCCCAGCCCCGAGCAGAGCGAGUCCCUGAGCCCUGCACACACCUCAGACUUCCGCACUGAUGACUCCCAGCCACCCACCCUGGGCCAGGAGAUCCUCGAGGAGCCAUCGCUGCCUGCGUCUGAAGUUGCAGAUGAACCUCCCACCCUCACGAAGGAAGAACCGGUCCCAUUAGAGACACAGACCACUGAGGAAGAAGAGGACUCUGGUGCCCCGCCCUUGAAGCGAUUCUGUGUGGACCAACCUGCAGUACCACAAACCGCUUUGGAAAGCUAGCACCGUCCCGGCCCCUUGCCUCCUGGCCCCUGCCUCUAUUUAUUGCAUUCUGGUCUGGCCGAGCUCUGACGCUGGGGUCCAGGCAAGCACUAGGGUCCAGAGCCUGUGUAGGGGAGCCCUCUGGGCUAGAAGGAUGACGGAGGGUGUGGGAUUGUUGUAUCAUCUUCCUGUCCCUGACACUUGUGUCUGCUUGCUCUUGAGCAGAGGAGCACGCACAGAUUUUCUGCCCCCCAAGUAGGCCAGAGCAUCAGGGUUCAUUUGUCACCUCCAGAACCGCUGCACGGAGCUGCUGCUGGCGCUGUUGUGAGCAGAACGGUGUGAAAGGCACCCUAGAGAAGAGUGCCUAGGAUUACUUGAACUUGAACGGAGACUGUACUGUAGAGUCAUGGACUUAGCCUCAGGGCCAGGACCCUGCUGGCUGUUGCUGGAAGACGGGCUGAUCGGUAGAGAUGUGGAGAGCAGUGGGGGAGGCUUUCCCAGGAGGGACGGGCUCUCUCCACCUGGGGGCAGGCGACCCAUGGGGGAUGGCACCCUGUCCCUGAGGCAGGCCUGUCUCUGUUGGAUGCCCCAGCUGCUCCCAGCCCUGUGCCUGCCAGAACCUUCCGCUUCCCCACACUCACACGCACACACGCAGCUUCCGGUUCUCACUGUCCAUUCCAGCAUCCCUGCAUCUGCUGCAGAGACCCCAGCCAGGGCCUGCUUCAGCUCAGACUUUCUAGAAAGUUUCCUUUUCUUUCAAAUCUGCAUGUUUAAUUGAACUUUAUGAUUUUAUUUUUUGUCUGAAAAAAAGAAAAGUUUAAGAAAAAAUGGAAAUGGGCAACAGCAAGUGAAGACCUAUUUUAGCACUGAAUAGAGUAUUUUUAAAAUUAAACUAUUUGA